AUGAUUGUAGCUGUCGCAGUUUCGUUCACCGAUGAUUUGGGGGGUGAGGGUAGGCCAAGCCAAAUGAAAUCCGCGGAUUACUUACACCCUCAGAACAAUUGGAAUAACGCCAUUUUUAUCCUUUCUGCACAGGGUCGACUCGAAUACACCAGUGAUGGGUCGUGCUAUUACGAAGGAGACUGGUUUGAGGACAUACGCCAGGGAUACGGAGUUUCCAAAUACCCUGAUGGAACCACAUACGAAGGCGAAUGGUUUGACGGGAACAGGUGCGGUUAUGGAACAAUGCACUGGAAAGAUCGGGAUGAAAUAUAUUCAGGUCGCUGGGUCGCUGGAAAGCAGAUGUGUGAGGCUGGUGAGCGUUUGCUGAGGUUGCUGCGUCUGGGGCUGCUUUCUCCGUGCGUGAGUAAGCAACGCGCUAGCUCUGAGGCCUGCGUGCGCGUAUGUAAAGCCGGGAUCUUUGUGGUAGGUCCACUAGUGUGUGGUAACCAUCCUGGCGUGGCCGCCAAAUAUGUAGUAUGA